UGCAUAAUAUGAUAACACUUUUUUUUUUCCCUUUCUUUUUUCCCUCUCACGCCCGGCCGUUUCGCAAUCCGUUGAUCACAAUAUCAUACCCCUCCAACCUUCCUUCUUUCUCUCGCACAUCCUCGCGACAGCACGGUACUCGAGUACGGUAGAGCGCUCGGCCACCGUCCGCCCCGUACAGUACAAGUAUAUAUAUACAGGGUCCACACUGAAAUGGGUGGGAAAAGGACUGUGAAAAAGGGGAUAAUUGACAUGGCCGAGCAUUUCGCAUCCGAUAGCUGGAAAUGACGGAAGCGGAGGAUGAGCUAUAAACUACCGUAUUGUAAACUUGAGGAAUUGGCGGUGCUCGUGGGUGGGCGGGAUGAAAAGGACCGGGGUCCUAGCAAGGAACUCGGGAAUGGUAAUGGCAAUGGCAUGCACCACACCAAAGCAGCAGGUGAAGAGAAGAGAGAAACAGAGGGGAAGGAAAGAAUGAAAGGGACACUCAUCAUCAUCCCCGAAACCUCCUUCUCUUAA